UGAAUUGGCUUACUUGGUUUUCACGUUGUACUCUUUUCAAUCACCCAUGGCAUCCAUGUCUUCAUCUGUAGGCUAAAGGAUAACGCUUGAUUGCCCAACCACCAAGUGCUUAGGUUGCCACUUUUCUGUGGUGGAUCAGGAAAAUUAAAGAACCACAUCAUUUCCAUCUUUUAAUUACAAAAAGGAAAUAUCUACUUUUAUCAGUUUCUGUAAUUUUAAGUCAGUUUGAAGGUAAAACCCCCACCAAAAGGAUGUGGAAAUCAGCUAGUUAGAUAUAUAUCUAGGAAACUAACAGACACCCAUUUUCUGCAAUAACAACUCUAGAAUUUUGAUUCCAGCAUUUCUUCUUGAUCAUGGCCUACUGCUAUUAUGGACACUGCUAUUGUGGAAGAUGCUACAGACCCUCGUCUCCUCUACCAUACUCAGUCCUGCUAUUCCUGGCGCUUGCAUUGAUGUUACUUGCCUUAUCAUCUUUAAUCCAAUUUGAGAUAGUUAUGGAAAGUGCUGAGGAUAAUAUGACUUGGCUAGUUUUACUCGCAGUAAUGGCAUUACUAGUCCUUGUUCGUUGGUUGUCUGCGGAUUCUUGUCGGCGACCUCACUACUGUGGCUGUGGAAGAUGCAUGCCCUGGAAGUAUUGCUACUAAAUCUACCGUUUCUGAUCCCUGGUUUGUCUGAUACUACAAGUUACUUGUUCUAUUUAUGAGUUACAAUGUCUUUGAUGAACUGAAUUGUGCGCAUAUACAUAUUAUUAGAUUAAACUAUAGUUUUGACAAUUUUAU